AGGGAGCAAAAGUUUUCAUCUUAAGCACAAACAAUCAUUUGUGUACAAUUUUUGUAUUUUGUACUGCAGCUAAAAAAAAAACAAAUAUUUCAAAAAUAAAUGAAGAUGUAAAAAUAUGUGACAAGUGCAUAAUACAAACAAUUAUCAUCAAAUGUUUGUGCCUUAUUCUAACCUGAAUUGCCGGGAACCACACGGUACAUUUCUGCGAGUGUUUUAGUAAACAAAGUAAUCAAUGAGCCUUCAUGAAAAUUCUGUGACGUCACGUUAACAAUGUAGCAUUGUAUAGGUAACACAAUUUUCAAUGUUUUAAGACCUUAUAUAUUCAGUUUUAACAAACAUAAGCCUUCAUUUCUUUCAGGCGUGUGUUAUGAGUUUGUAUCAUAUUAUUUUAUAGUGGCAUAAUUUAAAUGAGUAAAUAUGUGUGAAUCAAUUAACCUAGUAACCAAUGCAUUAGCCGUUUUAUCUAGUUUGUAUGUAGUGAGACAAAUAUGGAAAGUUUUUUAUGUGUUCGUUUUCGGGCCCAUGGUAAACAGACUGGACUUCAAAUCGUUUGGAGAAUGGGCAAUGGUCACUGGAAGUACAGAUGGAAUCGGCAAGGAGUAUGCAAGACAAUUAGCUGCUGAAGGGUGCAAUAUUGUUCUAGUCAGCCGUUCAUUGGACAAGUUAAAUUCAGUUGCUAAGGAAAUAGAAAAUGAAUUCAAAGUAAAGACAAAAGUGGUACAAUGUGAUUUCACUGAAGAGCAAGAUAUAUAUGGCAACAUAUUCAGUGAAAUAUACGGCCUAGAGAUUGGAGUGUUGGUGAAUAAUGUGGGGGCAUCGUACGAUUACCCCGAGUACUUCUUGGAGGUACCGAACUGGUUAAACAAAAUGGGUAAUCUGAUAAGAGUGAACUGUAUAUCUGUGAUAAGAGUAACGGGGUUGGUCCUUCCAGGCAUGAUAAAGAGGAGGAAGGGCGUUGUUAUCAACGUUGGUUCUGGCACCUCAGAAAUUCCUAGCCCUUUGUUAACUGUAUAUGCUGCUACUAAGGCAUUCGUCCACAAGUUCAGUGUUGGACUGUCACAGGAGUACAACAAAGAUGGUAUCAUUGUACAAUGUGUGACUCCAGGGUAUGUCGCCACAAACAUGUCGGCUUUCAGAUCAACCAGUUUCUUUGUACCGUCCCCAAAAACCUACGUCAGCUCAGCGCUAAGCUUAGUCAACACCACCAAUGUAACAGAUGGAUAUUUCAGCCAUUCGUUAAUGACAUUUUUCAUUAAUAAUGUUGCUAAAACAAUCUCUGAGAAUUUCAUCGUGAACACGGUCAGAGAAAAAAUGGAGAAGUCAAGGAAUUCUAUCAAAAGGAAGAUGGCGAAGCAGCAGUAGUAAUGUGAUGAAUAUGAGAGGUAAAUAAAUAAAUCAAAAAAAUAAACUAUUUUAUUAACGUUGGAAUGUUAUGUAUCAUGU